UUUCACUCUUCUCCUCUUCAGCAUUCAAUUGCGGCUUGGGAUAACCCAACAAGGAAUAUAAUGACCCCCCAGCUCAAGCCAGAAUCGCCCCCUGUGGGAGCCGUGGAGACUGGCGGUGAUAGGGAGCUAGAAGAGAGGAAACAUGAGUUUGCUUAUGAGGUCGUUCAGGGAUUCUUCAUCCAGAAUGGGCCCAAGCCAAAACACGUCGAAUUCGAAGAACAGCUCAAGAAGAGUUUUGGAUUGAUUGACGAGUCGCCUGAAAGGUGGCAGAACCUCAAGUCAUCUGUGAAAGACCUGCAAGAUGCCGCUCCUGAAGGCGUGUCUUACAAGGUGUUCUUCUUGGGCCGCCAUGGGCAGGGGUGGCAUAACCUUGCGAGCGACAACUUUAGCAAAAAGGAAUGGGAAGCCCGCAUAGCCCGCACCUACCCCACCGCAGACGACCUCCCCUGGGGCCCAGACCCCUACCUCACCCCGCUCGGCAUCUCCCAAGCCCAAGCUAUUAACGCCUGCUGGACCGCCCAAGCCCCCCUUGGCGCGCCCGUCAAGCAAGGAGAGAUGGUGUGGUACUGCUCGCCGUUCACGAGGACAGGCCAGACGUUGAUGGAGAGUUGGAAGGGGCUGGUGGGGGACGGGAGUGAGGUGGAGGUACGGGAGGAUUGGAGGGAGUGUUAUGGGUUGUUCGUUUGUGAUCAGAGGUCGACCAAGAGUGUCAUUCAAGAGCGUUUCCCGACCUUCAAGAUCGAGCCUGGAUUCUCGGAACAAGAUGACUUGUGGAAAGCAGAAGACCGAGAGACGGAGGAACACAUGCAGCUCAGAGCUAGACGAGGCUUGGACCGGAUAUUCGGCGCGGAAGGUCCUGAGGAGACUUAUAUCUCGAUCACGGGGCACACUGCAAUCUUUAGGAACUUUUUGGCCGUGGUUGGUCAUCAGCCGUAUAGACUAGCAACUGGGGAGAUGAUCCCGGUUGUUGUAAAGGCCACGCGGUUAUAGAGUGUUCUCUUAACCACUAAAUUGCCCAAUGCCCCUCCUUCAUUUAGAGAUGAUUGAUGGCACCCCAUGCAUGCCUGUGACGGUUAGAGAACUCUGCUCGCCCUAUUUGUCCAUAUGUCACGUUAUCUUAUCGGGCACAAAUAAGUAGGGUAAUUGGGGGGCUGAUAUGAAUUAUC